UGUCUCUCGAUCCAGUUCGUUCACUGUGAACACUGAGUUGUUGAUUGUUGACAAUUUGAUUGCAAAUCUACCAACGCGCGACAUAGACAUCAGCGAUUGGAAGAUACCACCUGGUUUCGCUUUAGCAGACUCUCUGUUCAACAAAGCUGCUCCUGUAGACCUCAUUCUUGGUGCUCGUCAUUACCACACUUUCUUUGAGAAUGCAACUCAGUUCCGUCCUGCACCUCAUCAGCCCGUGAUGAUAGACAGCGUUUUCGGCUGGGUAAUGACUGGUCCAACUGGCAGUGACAAUUCUUCACCUAAAACCGAUCCCACCGCAUCAUAUACAAUCGUCUGUAUGGCAUCCUUGGAGGAUUCGUUACAAAGAUUUUGGCAAUUAGAAAAUUUAACCAUGAAUGAUGGAUACUCACCAGACGAACGACAUUGUGAAUCGUUCUAUAAGCAUACCACCAAACGUGACGAUAGUGGUAGAUAUAUUGUUCGCCUACCGAAACAGCCCGACUUUGAUGCAAAGCUCGGCCUUUCUAGACCUCAGGCCAUUCGUCGUUUUGAGCUUCUCGAGCGGAGAUUGGAACGAGAUCCAGCACUUCGAGAAGCGUACCAAGACUUUAUGAAGGAGUACUUAGCACUGGGUCACAUGUCUCCUAUAAGCACUGAUUGUGAUGAUACAGCUGCUUAUUAUUUACCACACCAUCCAGUUUUUAAAGCGUCAAGUACCACCACAAAGGUCAGAGUAGUUUUUGAUGGCUCGGCUAAAACGUCAACUGGCUUUUCGCUGAAUGAAACUCUGCGGGUUGGACCCAUAGUUCAGGAUGAACUCAUCGAUAUUAUUUUGCGUUUCCGCACCUAUAAGAUUGCUGUCGUAGCUGAUAUCGCCAAAAUGUAUCGACAAAUUGUGCUGCAUCCGGAUGAUCGACGAUUGGUUCGCAUUUUCUUCCGUUUCUCACCGCAAUCGCCGAUUGAAUUGUACGAGCUGAAUACUGUGACAUAUGGUUUGUCUCCAUCAUCGUUCUUGGCCACUCGUACAUUGCUGCAGCUUGCGGAAGAUGAAGGUGCUGACUUUCCACUAGCUUCACCCGCACUGAGACACAAUUUUUAUGUAGACGACUUCAUUGGCGGAGCUAACAGCGUGAGUGAAGCUCGCGAGCUUCGUCAGCAACUUUCCGAGUUACUCUCCAAGGGCGGGUUUGAACUCCGGAAGUGGACAUCCAACUGUUUAGGAGUACUAAGUGGUUUACCAGCAGAGCAUAUCGGUACACAGUCAUCACUGCAGUUUGUGCCGAACGAGACUGUGAAGGCACUUGGUAUCGCAUGGAAGCCCGAACUAGAUGUUUUGUGCUUUGAGUCGACUGCAAUAAUGGAAACCGCCAACCUCACCAUGCGAUCCAUAUUGUCAAACAUUGCUCGAAUGUUUGAUCCACUUGGAUUGAUCGCUCCAGUCAUCAUACGCGCGAAAUUGCUAAUGCAGGAGUUGUGGCUGCAGAAAAUCGGAUGGGACGAUCCGGUCCCUGUACACAUCUGUAACAAAUGGAAAUCGGUUACUGACGACUGGAAGGAUUUGGAAAGCUUCAAAAGCGAACGGUAUGUGCUCUUACCUAACUCUAAAAUACAGUUCCAUACAUUUGCAGACGCGUCAGAAGUUGCUUAUGGUGCCUGCAUUUAUGCGCGCUGUGAGGACCAGCAGGGACGAGUACGAGUCAGCCUGCUCGCGUCGAAAUCGCGUGUAGCUCCACUAAAACGAGUUACAUUACCAAGAUUGGAGCUCUGCGCGGCCGUGUUAGGAGCACAUCUUCAUCAUCGUGUUAGACGCGCUAUGGGAAUCGACACAACCGAAUCGUUUUUCUGGUCGGAUUCGACGGUAACGCUAAACUGGAUAGCGUCUCCACCCAACACCUGGAAAACAUUCGUGGCGAAUCGUGUUGCUGAGAUCCAGAACUAUUCGCACCCUCGUCAAUGGAAACACAUUCCCGGUUCAUCGAAUCCCGCCGAUCUGGUGUCUCGAGGGAUGUCAGCAGCUGAAAUGCUAAAAGGAUCGAUUUGGAGCUGUGGUCCUGAAUGGUUGGCGCUAUCCCCCUCCAAAUGGCCAAUGUCAAAUCCAUCACUGACUGCUGAAACGGAUAUGGAAAUUCGUCAGACACGUACACUACAGUCAUCACAAGUUACCUCAGCAGCAUUACCGAUCACCCCUGAGGCUAUAGAAGCAGCUAAAAUCGUGCUUUGUAAACUGGCACAAGAGCACGAGUUUUCAUCAGAGAUCCAACUGCUGAAAAAGGGAGAAAUGGUACGAAAACAAUCACCUCUACGGCGAUUGAAUCCGUUUCUCGACAACGAUGGAAUAUUACGAGUAGGAGGCCGCUUGAAACUUGCACAGCUACCGUACCAGUUCAAGCAUCCCAUCCUGCUUCCCAAAAACCAUCAGCUGGCUCAUCUCAUCGCGGUGCACAUACAUGAGAAGCUGAUGCAUGGCGGGGGAAGACUACUACUUUCCCGGAUACGUGAGGAAUAUUGGCCACUCGAUGGACGUCGGCUAGUAAAAAACGUAGUGAGGAAUUGCUUUCGUUGCAUUCGUCAGGAUCCGCAGCUGACACAACAACAAACUGGUCAACUCCCGUAUGAACGCAUCACCCCGAGCCGGCCGUUUUCCAUAACUGGAGUGGAUUAUGCCGGCCCGCUGUAUCUGAAACCCGCACACAAGAGAGCCGCUGCCGCUAAAUGCUACUUGUGUGUGUUUGUGUGUUUUUCAACGAAGGCAGUGCAUUUGGAGCUGGUGGGCGAUCUCUCCACGGCAGGCUUCUUGGCCGCAUUACAUCGCUUCACAUCCCGGCGAGGAUUACCAUCGGACAUAUACUCCGAUAACGGAAAAAACUUUGAAGGUGCGGCACACGAACUUAAUGAAUUGUUUGAUAUGUUACAGAACGAACAGCACCAAAACGUCAUCGCAUCCAACUGUUCGGACAGGGGCAUAACUUGGCACUUUACCCCACCUAAGGCCCCACAUUUUGGUGGAUUGUGGGAAGCAGCGGUUAAGACGGCCAAACGACAUCUCUACAGGCAGCUAGGCAGUUCGAGGCUGUCUUACGAGGGAUACAGCACCAUUCUGCAGCAAAUAGAAGCGGCAAUGAACUCGCGUCCUUUGUUGCCAAUGACGGAUGACCCCAAUGAUUUGGCAGCGCUUACGCCGGCGCACUUCCUGAUCGGUUCUUCUAUGCAUGCUGUCCCGGUUCCCGACUACACACGACUGAAACCAUACACGUUAGACGAAUUGCAGAGCUGGCAAUUGCUUGUGCAACGCUUUUGGAAGCAUUGGACAACCGAAUAUCUGCAGGAAAUGCAGAAGGAUAAUAAGGUAGUGAAUCGUAGCGAAAUAGUACCUGGCAGACUGGUCAUCCUUGCGGACGAUUCGCUCCCUAUCACCCGAUGGCCACUUGCUCGCAUCAUCGAUGUACACCCAGGAGAAGAUCAGCUUACGCGUGUAGUGAAGUUGAAAACGGCAAAAGGAAUAGUUACGCGUCCAGUAGCUAAAAUUUGCUUGUUGCCUGUUGCGAAGCCUUCCGAUUAGCAGCACGUGUAGUUUGUUUUUGUUCAUGACAUUCUGUCAUGGGGGGGAGUAUGUUGACGCUUCGCUUGGAUGUCAAAUGAUAACUUGACGAAAGUGAGUUUCGUCAAGUGAGAAUGAGCACGGUAGGAAAUGAUGAGUAGCGGGUGAGUUGCCACUCGCGUGAGUGGCAAUCAUAGAAAAAUUAUAAAUAGGGCAACAUAAUGAAUACACUUUCUCUUGCACUUUGGAAAUUCAACACACAGCGGUAAAUAUUCAGCCCACGCAAAAUCAUCCGAAACA